AUGUUUCGAGACGAUGAGAUGUAUCCUCCGCCCGCUGGCUCACGCGACGACGAGAGUCGUGAGGUAGAGGACGAUGCGAAUGAUAUCCUCGACGAUGUUUUCGGUUCCGAACCCGGUUCGCCUGCUUUUGGUGGUGGGGGAGCGAACGACGAGUAUUCUGAUAUCCCAAGACUGAGAGAGAAACAUGAGACGGAGGGGUAUCGGGAUGGGGUUACGAAGGGGAAGGCUGAGACGGUGCAGAAGGGGUUUGAUGAGGGGUAUAGUCUGGGUGCGGUGCUUGGGUUGAGGAUUGGGAAGGUUCUGGGGUUGUUGGAGGGGGUUUGGGGGGGUGUGAGGAGUGUGAAGGAUGAGAGUGAGGUUUGGGAUAGAGAGAGGGCACGCCUGGAGGUGUUGGUGAAAGAGGGGAGGGAGGAGUUGAGGACUGAGAGUCUUUUUGGAGCGGAGUGGUGGGGGGAGGAUGGGAUUUGGAAAUACGAUGUCCCUGGGGAGGGAGGGGAGGUGGUUUGGGAGGAUGUAGCAAAGGCGCAUCCGUUGGUUGUUAAGUGGGAGGGGAUUGUGGAUGAGGAGGUGAAGAGAUGGGGGUUGGAUUUGAAGAUUAUGGAUAAUAGGCGUGGAGAGGAUGAAGUUGCGGAGAGGGAUGCUACUGACAAGAUUCUGGAUACGCCUGCUCAACCUACGACGGGAGUUCAGAAGAAGGAACUCGCUUGGUGA